ACUCCACUACAUACGUGGUUGUUGGGACGGAACGUAUGGGCGACAAGAUCAGGGGAGAAUUGCAAUUUGGACUGCUCGUCUGAGCACCAGAGCGUGGAACAGGUGUAAUUUCUACACGAAUUUAUAGAUCGACAAAUUCCUUCCAACAAAUUCCUCUCCGUAGACCGAAUUCCGCCCGGAUUACCAGCGGCAAAGCGUCACAAUGUCGUCAGCAUCUGCCAAUAUCACCCGGAAUUACGGCCUCGACGCGUCGUCGACAAGCGUCAUCAUCACCAUCUCCGCCCUUCUCCUCUUCCUCGUCUCCGCAAUCUCCUGCUUCAGCUUCGUGCGAAACCGCCUCGCCUCCCCCCGCCGCCGCGCGAAUCUGACGCGCGAAAACGGCGAGCAGCGGCGAGGCGCGUCGCGCGCGAGGGCCGGAACGCAUGGACUGGAAAAGGCACUCGCUCAGUCCUUCCCCACGUUUAUAUUCUCCCCGGAAACGACGGAGAGCGGUGGCUCUGUAGGCAAGUCGCCAUUGAAUGGCGGCUCGACAUGGGUGGGGAAGGAAGAGGGGGGGAGAGGAAGAUGGGAUUUGGAAGGGGAAAAGGCUAUAGACGGCGGAGGGGGAGGGGGGUUGCGCGAGUGCGCGGUGUGCCUGGCGGAGUACGAACCCGCGGACGUUCUGAAGCUGCUCCCCACGUGCGGGCACGUGUUCCACGUGGACUGCAUCGACACGUGGCUGGAAGGAAAAUCGACCUGCCCGAUUUGCCGUCGAGACCUAGGCUCCAAUGCUGGCGUUAAGGGAGGAGAAUCGUGGGAAGGGAUGGCUGGAGAGAGGGGAGAGCAAGGAGAGAGCAGCGAUGGGGGACACGAGGCGGGCCUAGAAGCGGACAGGGGGAGGGCGGGGCAACAAGCGAUGGCAGAAGGAGGAAGAGGUUUAGGGGUAGGGGAAGGAGAAUCAUUGGCAAUUUCUGAGGCAGAGAGUGUGGGCAGGGUUCCAUCGGUGCAGCAAUCUGCAUCAGCAGCAAGCCGUGGGGAGAAUUCCCCCUCGCUGUGGGAGAGGCUGAGGACGUUGUGGUUGGGAGCAGCUGGGUCUGCUGCCAGGGAGGAUGGCCGCUCUCUUGAUUCUGUUCCUGUGGGCCCUUCUCCGUCUGCCACAGUGCUGAUUCCUCCCGCUGGCGUAUCAUAGUUUGCACCCGUGCAUGUGAUACUGUUGCUUUGAGCGGGCAAUUGGCGCUGCUGCUUCAGGUACUGAAUGUGUCGGUUUGUCUUCCUCUGAUGCUGCGCCAGGGUUUUUCAGAAUGCGAGUGGGAAAUGUGGAAGUGCGCGAAGGAGCUGAACUGUAGGCAGGGGGGGUUGCAAAGCAGGCAGAACCGCAAGGGUUUGCCGUGAGUGCAUAACUUUCCAGGGAAGGUGGUAGUGUGUCAGCGUCACAUUCCAUGGCCCGGAUUCAAGAAGCAGCAUGGUCGUUGCAUGAAGUUGGAAACUGCAUGCAGCCAGCAUUACCUUGCUGCAAUUUACACUCUAUUGGAUAAUCGUAACUUAUGCGAUAGCAGGGGUAUGGGCUGUGUAAUGUGUACAUAAGAUGAUGCCUUCAAACAUGUGUUGCUUUGCAUUUUCAACUAA